AUGGCUGUUCCCACAUCGGACCAAUAUCAAUACUUGCUUCCCCUCUAUGAUUUUGAUAAACAAACAGCCCUGCAACAUUAUUCACUUGACUUCACAGGUUUCACACUGAAUCCCAGUCCAAAUUUCAACGCAUUCUCCAAGACUUUCAGCGACUUACAGGACAUCCAAGGCUUUCAUAUCUUGCUGGGUCAGGGCGAUGGGUUCCAUGACAGUCCUCUGCCCAUCACGAGAGAAAAUUUCCAGGAUCUCUGUGCUGGAUGGAAAAUCUCGCCCAAGGCCCUGAGAAGGCGUCAAGGUCCAGAGAACUGUUUCAAUUAUCACUUUGAAGAAGCCCCACGCAAUACUCUCUCUACCGCGGCAGCUUCAACUUCCACUCCGGCCGCGCCGACCUACAAAUUCCUCAAUAUCGUCUUACAACACGACAUAAUACGCUUAUUCUGCCUCAUUCGCUACGACAUCACCGCUCCAGGGUCCGCGCGAUGCUUUAUCACGCUCCCUGAAAAUGAACAUGCUCGGGUCACGGCGCUCCUUCGAGACUACGCCGACGAAAUCUUCGCCAGCCCACCGGCCCUAGCCAGCCUGCUCCUCGUCCACGUCAGUACCUUCAUGAACAACAUUCUAGGAGGCCUGCGCACCGAGCGCUACAGGAUCCAAACCCGCCUCGGCAUCACAAAUACCGAAACUCGCUCCUGGCUAGCGAGGCAAGGUCACCAUGGAGAACCUGAUCAUCGAUUUGACAUGCUCAAUGUCGAAAUUCACCAUUUCCGCACCUCUCUUUACAACGCCAAAGAGUCGCUCUCCAUCCUGACAUACUUGCUCAAUGCUCACAAAUCUGUACUGGAGCUGUACACCGACCACACCGACGCAUCGACAGCCUUUCAAUGCAUCAAAGACGUCCUCCUAACAUGUGAACAGCACCAGGCCCAAACCGAGUACUCGGACAGCAUAGCCGAAAGCCAGAGCUCCAUGCUUUUCAACAUGAUCAAUCAACGCGACAGCCGACUGAAUUACUCCGUUGCACAAUCUAGUCGACAGAUUGCCGCCGCGUCCCGCCGUGACAGCUCCGCCAUGAAAACCAUCUCGAUAUUGACCCUGAUUUUCCUCCCCGGUACUUUCGUCUCAGCGAUCUUCUCCACUACCAUCUUCAACUUCAACACCGACGAUGAAGAUGCCGGCCGGUACGGCAAAGUCGGCAGCGCAUGGUGGAUUUACUUUCUUUGCUGUGUCUUGUUGACGCUGAUGACAGUCGGCAUUUGGGCGGGCUGGAUGGUCUGGCGUCUGAGGAAGGCGGCGCAAGAGGAUCGGAGGGACGAGGAGCAGCUGAACCGAGACCAUGAUCUCCGUCAGAGCUGA